GAGAGUUUCAUUCACAACCACUGAGGUUGCUUUGGAGAACUUGUAAGCACACCGUGAAGAGGAAGGCAUUGGAAUGAACAAACUCAUAUUUUUUGUUGCUCUUCUAUCUGCGGAGAUUUUGUCAUGCGAGGGAGCCAACCCUUGCUGUUCAAUGCCAUGCGAGAACCGAGGGGUGUGCACGUCGACAGGCUCCAAAUCGUAUGAGUGCGAUUGCACAAGAACUGGAUUUUACGGCGAGAACUGUACCACACCGGAAGUCUUGACAUGGGUUAAAACAAAAUUGAAGCCGACCCCAAACACUGUACAUUACAUUCUAACGCAUUUUAAAGGAUUCUGGAAUAUCCUGAACAACAUUCCGUUUUUAAGGGAUGGCAUCAUGCGUUAUGUAUUGACUUCGCGGUCACAUUUGAUUGACAGCCCCCCUACCUACAAUUCAGAUUAUGAUUACAAAAACUGGGAAGCCUAUUCAAACCUCUCCUAUUACACACGGACCCUACCUCCUGUACCUGAAGAUUGCCCAACACCCAUGGGAGUUGUGGGGAAGAAAGCAUUGCCUGAUGUUAAGCUGGUGGUGGAGAAGUUUUUGCUGAGGAAAAAGUUCAUCCCAGAUCCUCAAGGCACCAGUCUAAUGUUUGCAUUCUUUGCUCAACAUUUCACCCACCAAUUCUUUAAAACAGAUGUAAAACGAGGGCCAGCCUUCACCAGCUCUCUCGCUCAUGGGGUGGACUUAAGUCAUGUCUAUGGAGAUAACAUGGAGAGGCAGCGCAAACUGAGACUCUUCGAGGAUGGCAAAAUGAAGUUUCAGAUGGUGGAUGGGGAAGUGUAUCCUCCUACUGUGAAGGAGGUCCAGGCUGACAUGCACUAUCCACCCCAUGUCGCUGAGGAGCACCGCUUUGCGGUGGGCCACGAAGCAUUCGGCCUGGUUCCAGGACUCAUGAUGUAUGCUACCAUCUGGCUUCGUGAGCACAACCGGGUCUGUGAUGUGCUGAAACGGGAGCACCCUGAUUGGGAUGAUGAGCGCCUCUUCCAGACCACACGCCUCAUUCUGAUUGGUGAGACCAUUAAAAUUGUGAUUGAGGACUAUGUGCAGCACCUGAGUGGCUACCACUUCAAGCUGAAAUUCGACCCUGAACUGCUGUUCAACCAGCGCUUCCAGUACCAGAAUCGUAUCUCGUCUGAGUUCAACACCCUCUACCACUGGCAUCCCCUGAUGCCUGAUGCCUUCCACAUCCAGGAGCAGGUCUACAGCUACAAGCAGUUUCUCUUCAACAAUUCUGUAGUCAUGAACCAUGGCAUCCACAACCUGGUUGAGUCCUUCACCAAGCAGAUUGCAGGCAGGGUUGCUGGGGGUCACAAUCUUUCUCCAGCAUUGAUGAUGGUCGCCAUGAAGUCCAUCGAGCACAGCAGGCAGAUGCGGUUUCAGUCAUUGAAUGAGUACAGGAAACGCUUCUCGUUGAAGCCCUACACAUCCUUCCAAGACAUGACAGGGGAGACAGAGAUGGCAGCAGAACUCGAAGAGCUGUAUGGAGACAUUGAUGCAAUGGAGCUGUAUCUUGGCCUACUGGUGGAGAAGCCCAGGCCUAAUGCUAUCUUCGGGGAGACCAUGGUGGAAAUGGGAGCCCCAUAUUCUUUGAAAGGACUCAUGGGGAACCCUAUCUGCUCCCCAGAGUACUGGAUGCCGAGCACCUUUGGUGGCAAAGUUGGUUUUGAAAUUGUUAACACUGCCUCCCUGCAGAAGCUAGUGUGUCUUAACCUAAAAGGGCCCUGCCCAGUGGUGUCCUUUCAUGUGCCUGAUGUAAAAGACGCAGGGUCGGCUACUAUCAACUCUAGCACCUCACACUCAGGACAAAGUGACCUUAACCCUACUGUUGUUCUGAAAGAAAGAACCUCCGAAGACAGAACCUCUGAACUUUAAAAAAAAAAAAAAGUUACCACUGGAAGUCAACCAUGUUUAUGAAUUAAUUUAUUAAUUUAUUUGUAUUUAUUUACAAAAUAUAUUUUUAUCAUGCAUUUUCAGUGUGUUUUACUUCUAUGAGCAUUGACUGAACUACAUUGUCUUUUUUAUUAUAUUUAUUUGUUUUGUGUCUAUUUAUUUAAUGUAUAAUUUUAAGUGCAAUGAUACCAUAGCACUCUUUCAUUGCCCGACUUUUAUGUGCAGUUUCUAUUAGUUGUGUUUGAUCAGCUUUGUAAUACUUGAACUGAUAAUACUAGUUUACAAUAAUGUGAACAAUCUAUGUAAAUCCUGUGAAAUUCCACAAUGAACAGAGCACUGAGUGCCUGAGACAAUAUGUGGCAAAAAAGGCAGAUGCACUGAGAUUUUUUUGUGUAAAAGUGUAUUUUUAUUAUGAAACUGAAAUAAAACACAAAUUUUUCCACAAACAA